UAAACAGUGGUCAGCUGACUAGGCGGGAGGAAACACACCCCUGUGACCACCACAGACUCCGCUGCAGGCACGGUGCGGGGCGUUCUGGCUGGCUCUGGGACACGCCAGUGAGGGAUGAUCAUUUGCUGGAGAUCAAAAGAAAGCUGAGAGACAUGAGUGAACGUGACUACAGUCCGCUGAGCUCUGCCUGUGUGCGGGCGCUCAGCGAUAAAGUGUAUGACAAGAGGAAGGCGGCGGCGCUGGAGAUAGAGAAGAUGGUGAAGGACUUCUCGGCCAGCAACAAGCAGGAUCAAAUCGGGCGGCUGAUCCGUGUGUUGGAGGAGUUUGCCAUGUCCCACAACCCCCACACCAGGAAAGGUGGUCUCAUUGGAUUGGCUGCUGUUGCUAUUGGUCUUGGCACAAAGAAUAUAGCCCCAUUCAUACAAGACCUGGUGAACCCCAUACUAGCCUGCUUCACAGACAGCACACCCAAUGUGAGGUACUAUGCCACAGAGUCAUUGUAUAACGUGGUGAGGGUCUCGCGUGGCACAGUACUGUCCCAAUUCAAUGACAUUUUCACCAUUCUUGUUCGGCUGGCUACUGAUGCGGACCAAAAUGUCAAAAAUGGUUCAGAGAUGCUGGACCGAAUCAUGAAGGACAUUGUGACUGAAAGUGCCUCCUUCGACCUGGUGUCCUUCAUCCCAGUGCUGCGAGAAAAGCUGUAUGCCAACAACCACUGGGCACAGACACUAGUGGUGUCAUGGGUGUCUGUUCUCCACACUGUGCCGGAUGUUGACACCCUCUCCUUCCUCUCUGAAAUUUUGGAGGGCCUAUUCUUCAUACUGGAAGGACCCAAGCCAGAAGUCAAAAAGAUGUGUGAGGCAGUGGUGGGAGAGUUCCUGGUGAGCAUCAAGAAGGCACCGGAGAAGGUCAAGUUUGCCGAGAUGAUCAACAUAGUGAUUGCACACGCCCAGUCCAGCGAUCCUGUGGUGCAGAUGAUUGCACUCACCUGGAUUAACGAGUUUGUGAAGCUGUCGGGACGGGUGAUGCUGCCACACACCUCGGGCAUCCUGACGGCCAUCCUGCCCUGCCUUGCCCUGGAUGACCCAGCCUAUGCAAAGACAAGAGGUCUGGCUAAGGAGGUGAGCACUGGCCUAAUGAAACUCAUCACUGCUGAGGAUGAUAGGGAAGGGCCAGAGGGAUCAGCUGGGACUCCUGAAGACCAACCACAACCUCCCAUAACUCCACAGACACCCACAGCCUCCAGCGCCAUCACCAGUCCACACUCCUCAUCAGUAGCCUUCCCAGCAGGCACGCCGGAUGAGCUUUACAACGGGGCACUGGACCUCAGCUCGGUGAUGGAUGUGCUGCAGAAACAGCUGCGCAACACUCCCGUCCCCUGCAAGACGGCUGUAUUGCGCUGGAUCUACCACCUGCACAACAAGAUACCCAACAAGAUGUGCCGUUACCUGGAAGAGCUGUUCCCAGUGUUGCUGCGCACCCUAUCAGACCCCUCCGAUGAAGUGGUGCUGCUGGUGAUCGAGGUGCUGGCACAGAUUGCUUCCACUGGCAACCACAGUCCUGCACCUUCAUCGCUUAGUCCACCCAUCACAGCCACCACUACCACCACCACCACCACCACCAUCUCUGCAUCCUCCUCCAUCUCUUCCACCACUACUGUGCAAGGUGCACAGGAGGAGGGCAAGACCAAUGUUGAUGAGUACUUCACAAGGUUUCUACAGAAUCUCCUUCACCUUUUCACAACUCAGAGAAAUCUGCUGGAGGACAGGGGACCUCUAAUCAUCAGGCAGCUGUGUGUCAUGCUGAGUGCUGAGGAUAUUUACCGCACCUUAGCUGAGCUGCUGCAGGAGGAGGAAGACCCUAUCUUUGCCUCCAAGAUGGUACAGACGUUAUCCUCUAUCCUCUUGACUUCUAAGGAGCUGUUCUCCCUCAGGAUACAGCUCAAGGAUCUCUCUACCCCUGAGAGUUGUGAACUGUUUGUGAAGCUGUACCGGUCAUGGAGUCACAACCCAGUGGCCACCCUCACCCUGUGCCUCCUGACCCAGAACUACACCCAUGCUGCCACCCUCGUCCACGCCUUUGGGGACAUAGAGGUGACGGCAGACUUCCUGGUGGAGAUUGACAAGUUGGUGCAGCUGGUGGAGUCUCCCAUCUUCACAUACCUCCGGCUACAGCUGCUGGACCCUGUAGGACAUUCAGCACUGGUGGAAACCCUGUACGGCCUGUUGAUGCUGCUGCCCCAGACCAAGGCCUUCACCAUGCUGCAUGACCGCCUUGACUGUGUCCCACCUGCCCACCUCCUCAAACACACCCAUGCCAAGGCAAAGCAGCGCCACCUGGCCUGUAACAUUGACUUUGAUGAACUACUUGCCCACUUCAACACCGUCCAGGAGAAGCAUCGUCAGUACAAACGCCAGAAGAUCAAACAGAAGCUGCAGUCCAAUGUUGAUCCCCUCACUCGCCCUUGAUAGCCACAGAAGGUUCUCCACUGGCCCAGACACAACAGCACCAACUGCCAGUCCAGAGGGUGUCCGGGUUAAGACUUGCCACCACUUACCCCCAACCCCUGCCAUUCCACACUGCCGGGCCACACCAGGUCCACGUACACCUUGCAGGGGAGGAUGGCUGGCACCACCUGCCCCAUCUGCAGGGUGACAGCAAGGUGGCAUGGGGCCUGGCCUGGGCCUGCAGGGAGUGGAGGUGAAGAUGGCAGUCUUCAAGGUUGAUUCUUGUAUGGUGACUGUCCCUCCAUGUUCCUGGCAGGCAGGCUGAGCAAGACCUUGGCCAUCAGGGGUGGCACUUGAGUAGGCUGUGGCUGAGGCUGCUGGGAGGAUCAAGCAGCCUCCUGAUGAACCCUCAACGGCACGAUUGAUAGGGAAGUGGCUUGCCUCGGGCAUGGUGUCUCACCUGGCAUGAGAGGCAUUUGAUAGCACCCUGCUUCUUCUAUUCACUCGUGCAGAGUGUGGCCACUGGGCAGAAUGUGUGGCAGCCUGAGGGAGUCUUCAAAGGUGUUCAAGCAGACUGGGCAGUCCUCCACGUUGUUGUCCAUGGUUCUGGCUGCUGCUGCACCUUUUUUUUUUAGGUCUUCUUUAGGAAGGUCUAAAAUUUUUUUAUUUUAGUAUUUAUUUUUAAUGUCUGUGAAAGUAAAAAUAAUGGCAGGUUUAGAUCUUGCAUGGCAUGUUGAGUGUUGCAUGUCCUUGGUAGGCCAAAAUGAUUGUCACUGUAACAGGCUGCUUUAUAAUCAACCAUGUCAGUCAUAAACAACUGACUUCAAAUAUUGAUACAGAAGGAAAUAUACAAAUAAGCCACA